UUGAUAUUCAGAAAUCCAUCUCACAUGACGAAGAGGAAUCCAUAGUCGACGACACUGAUGCUGAUCAAUCAUAUCAUCAAGAAGCAAACGAGAGUAUGUCAUCUUCUAACGAGGAACAAACUGCCAUUGAAGAGCAAACAAGAGGGAAGCGUUGGAGAACAUCUCGUCCUAUGAUGUGGAAAGUUAAUAAGGCCAAAGAAAUGCGUGCCCAGUGCAUGCCUUAUGUAACAAAGAGAGGGGGAAUGGAUGGCAAGGCCCCAAAGCCUAUUGAUUGCAGCUCCUGCCGGUUUAAGUGUCAAAAGAAUUUCAGUGAAGACGACAGGAAAUAUAUCUGCAAGUCCUACUGGUCACUAAGAGAUUAUGGUAGGCAAAAAGAUUUCAUAUUGAAACAUAUUGUGAGCACAUUGCCUAAACGCCGUGAAGUGGAUGAGUCCAGUCCAAGUGCACUGGAGAAGAAUAGUGACAGAUUGCCUGAGCCAGGAGUUUCUGACAACAGUGACGUGGAAGGUGAAGAGGAUUAG